CGCCAGGCGGAUAUGUGUCUUGCUAGUUUUUUCCGAAAAUAUAUAUAUUUUUUUAAUGAUUUUUUUAUUUAAUUCAAACAAAUCUUUCGAAAGGAUUCCCUGAUAUCUUGACGUGAUUAUAUAUCGAUGACCAAUAAUACUGUAUCUACAUAUUGAAUAAUUGAUGUUUUUAACUGUAGAACUUUCGCGUUCUUUAAAACAAGGUUUUGUAGUUAAAGAAUAUUAAUAGUUACGACAUGGGAGUAGUUUUCUCGGUUUGAUAUUUUGUAUAAUGUUUGAUAUACGUUAUGAAAUGUGAAAGGAAGGACCUGGACGGACCUGAAGUUAGCCAGCUAAACUAACCAGGCAUGAUCAAACAGUGUCAGUGACUGAAGAAAUGUAGCUAGAUGCCUGACAGCGAGUAGGUAUGUUAAGGCCAGCUGUACUACAGGCUAACACACCGAAAUCCUUCAGAUAGUAUUACGGUAAUUUGACUAGUUAGUCAACUAUAGUUGUCUCAAGUUGAAGGUCACCACUCCACUUUUGGGUGCAGUUUGAGUAGACCGCCGAAAACCGCAUCAAGCUCAACUUCAGCAGAAUCAUCUCUCGACUUGCGGUCAAAUUAAAUGAUGACAAAGAUGCUGAAUAUUCUAAUUGUCCUUGCAACACUAGUAGGUGCAGACGGUGUGUCACUCAGAAUAAUUCCAGCUGCAGAUGGCUUUUCGUUCAUCCGUCUAGUCCGUGGGGACAGUGACUGUGCGGGGCGCGUGGAGCUGCUCCAGGGGAAUCAGUGGGGGACAGUGUGUGAUGAAGGCUGGGACCUGACAGAUGCUGACGUGUUGUGCAAGGAGCUGGACUGUGGGCUGGCUGAUAAAGCCGUCCGUGGAGCUGCGUUUGGAAGGGGCACCGGAGAGAUCUGGCUGAGGCACGUCAACUGUUCGGGCCAAGAGACGAGCCUGACGCAAUGUCCCAGGGUCGUCAACGGGAACCCCACCUGCACCCAUGAUAAUGACGCUGGAGUGAAAUGUUCAGGUACACUGUUGAUGCCUACCCUGUCCCUGCUCUCCCCUCACACCGUCUUAUCUCCCGGGGAGGUGGUUCGCUUCAGCUGUACUGUGCUACCGGGCCACCACCUGAAUGACUUCCACCUGUAUAAGAGAGGCAUAGCCACCCCGUUGAGGACUCAGCAGGUGGCCUUUGCCCAGUCCAGGGUGGAGUUUACUCCGUCAAACCAGAAGACUCAACAGGGCAGCUAUAGGUGUCUGUACAGGAUCAAGGGUAUCCCUCCCUCCUCCUCCAUGCUUACCUCUCCACCCAGCAACUCUAUCAACAUCACUGUGGUGGAGCUGCUCACCCCUCGGCACUGGUACAACACGUCCACCGAGGCUCCCACAGGCUCUGUCAUCAAAGGCCACAGCUUCAACAUCACCUGCUUCACUGAGAAGCAGUAUCCUGGAGGUUCCUUCCAGCUGCGUCUGAUCCGUUCCAACGACACGGUACGCCAGUCGCUGCCCGCCCUCACUCCCGCUGUCACCUUCAGCUUCUCAAACGCACAGCUCUCCAACGAGGGCUACUAUUACUGCCUCUAUAUGGUCCAGCUUGACGGGAGAAUCUUCGUGUCCCGGGAGAGCCAACCGCUUCCUGUCUCCAUCAGAGGUGAGGGCAGACCCAGACCCAGUGUUGAGCCUUAUGGUGAUCAGCUGGCUAGCUUCUGCUCUGGCCUUCCUCGUGGCUCUCGUCGUCGUCAUCAUCAUCAUCAUCGUUGCCAGAGUCAAGCUCUGCAAGAAACGGGAGAACCCCUUGGCACUAGAGCUAGAGACCAGAACCUGUGUGGACAACACGUACGUUGCCUUGGAUGAUGAGCUGGGCAGAUAUAUUGGAUAAAGAGAAGGACCAUGUGUUUGUGAGAGAACCAUCAAGAUGGAACCCACAAUGCAGACAUUCCUGAGCUUGACAACCUUCCUCAGGGAUGGGUCACAGACAGAGAUGGUGACACAAGAUAAGUACCAAAGCACUACGUAGGAGCCAUAUGUAACAGUAUAACUUUAGACCGUCCCCUCGCAUGAACCAAGGACCCUCUGCACACAUCAACAACAGUCACCCAUGAAGCAUCGCUCCACAAAAUCCGUGGCCCUUGCAGAGCAAGGGGAACUACUACUUCAAGGUCUCAGAGCAAGUGACGUCACCGAUUUAAACGCUAUUUAGCGCGCGCCACCGUGAACUAAGCUAGCCAUUUCACAUCCGUUACACAUACACACGACAUCUACUAGAACCUGGUAGAAUCCUGCAUUAGAACAUGACAGCAACAAAUCAAAUCAAAUCAAAUCAAAUUUAUUUAUAUAGCCCUUCGUACAUCAGCUGAUAUCUCAAAGUGCUGUACAGAAACCCAGCCUAAAACCCCAAACAGCAAACAAUGCAGGUGUAAAA